AUGUCAGCUUCAGAGUUUGGAGUUCCAUCAACCAGGUCUGGAAUAAGUCAGUAUUCAACAACAGUAACCACCAUGUGCCCAGAGGUGAAUCCUGGAGCAGUGGCAGGUGUGAGGAGCGAGUCGCAGAGCAGCACAUGGAGCGAGUCCCGGAGUAGCACAGGGAGCGAGUCCCAGAGCAGCUCAGGGUGUGAGUCCCAGAGCAGCACAGGGACUGAGCCCCAGAGCAGUACAGGGAGUGAGUCUCAGAGCAGCAUGGGAAGCGAGUCCCGGAGCAGCACAGGGUGUGAGUCCUGGAGCAGAAUAGGGAGUGAAACCAGGAGUACCACAGAGAAUGUAUCCAGGAGCAGCACAGGGAUCGAGUCCUGGAGCAGCAUGGGGAGUGAGUCACAGAGGUCACGGGGAGCGGGUUCUGGAGCAACACAGGGAGCAAAUCCCAGAGCAGCGAAGGGAAUGAGGCCCAGAGCAGCACAGAGAAUGUAUCCUGGAGCAGCGCAGAGCAGCGCAGGGAGUGAGUCCCAGAGCAGCACAGGGAAUGAAUCCCGGAGCAGCAUGGGGAGCGGGUCUCAGAGCAGCGGAGGGUGUGACGCCCAGAGCAGCAUAGGCAGCGGGUUCUGGAGCAGCACAGGGUGUGAGGCCCAGAGCAGCAUGGGGAAUGAGUUCUGGAGCAACACAGGGAGCAAAUACCAGAGCAGUGAAGGAAAUGAGGCACAGAGCAGCACUGAGAAUGUAUCCUGGAGCAGCAUAGGGAAUGUGUCCCAGAGCAGCACGGGGAGAGAGUCCCAGAGCAGCACAGGGAGCGAGUCCCAGAGCGGCACAGGGUGA